AAAGCUCCAGGAGAGGCAGGAGUCCAUGUCCUCUAAGCUGGUUGAUGCUGACCACAAGGCCCAGGCCCUACAGACAGCUCUUGAAACAACUCAGGCAGAGCUCUUUGAUCUGAAGACUAAGUAUGACGAGGACUGCACAGCAAAGGCCGAUGAGAUUGAAAUGGUGAUGACCGAUCUAGAGAGAGCCAAUCAGAGAGCGGAGGCAGCACUGAGGGAGGCGGACACUCUGAGGGAGCAGCUGACCUCUUCUAACCAAUCCCUGCAGCUGACCACCCAGAUCCAGACCACCCCAGACAUGGAGCAGGCGGUGGAGGCGGUGUCCCGCUCCAGUCUGGAGGCAGAGCUGGGGGCCAAGGACAGGGAGACGGUUCAGCUGGUGGAAAACGUUCAGAGACUGCAGGCCAGCCUGUCUAAACUCAGGGAGAGCUCCAGCACACAGAUCACACAGCUGCAACUACAGCUCAGCACCAAGACUGCCACCCUCAAG